AUGACUGAAGGAAAAUUAAGUGAGGAUGAAAUUGCGCUGUACGAUAGACAAAUUCGUCUUUGGGGAAUGGCAGCACAAGCCAAUAUGAGAUCAGCAAGAGUAUUGCUAAUUAAUCUUGGAGCCAUUGGCUCCGAAAUCAGCAAGAGUAUUGUACUUAGCGGAAUAGGACAUUUGACAAUAUUGGAUGGCCACAGAGUAACUGAAGAAGAUUUGGGCUCUCAAUUUUUUGUCGGCUCUGAAGAUGUUGGCCAAUGGAAAUUAGAUGCUGCCAAAGACAGGAUCCAGGACUUGAAUCCUCGUGUAGAGUUAAAGUUUGACAAGCAGGCCCUACACGAGAAAGACGAGAUUUUUUUCCAGCAAUUCGAUUUAGUUGUAGCCACAGAAAUGAAGGCUGAUGAGGCAAUUAAAGUUAACAAGUUAACCCGAAAAUUAAACAUUCCGUUAUAUGUUGCUGGUUCUAAUGGACUAUUUGCAUACGUUUUUAUUGAUUUKAUCGAAUUCGUCUCAGAGGAUGAAAAAUUACGGAGCAUAAGGCCUACUGUCGUUGGCCCUGUUUCAAGUAAUCGAAGUAUCAUUGAAAUCACCACUAGGAAAGAUGAAGAAGAUGAAACAAAACUUUAUGAGCGUAUCAAGACCAGAAAUAGCUACAAAUCUUUGGAAGAAGUACUAUGUACAGCGACCCUGAAAGAAAAAUUGACACGAAGACAGCUAAAAAGGGUCACCAGUAUUUUGCCAUUAACGCUCACAUUGUUGCAACAGGAACUGAAUGAGGGUAGUGAGAAGAUAGGGUUUGAAUUACUGAACCGAGAAGCAGCUGCAUGGUGUGGGAAACUGGGUGUCCCUAUGGCAAUAUUGAAUGACGAAUAUAUGCAACAAAUUAUCAAUCAAAGAUAUAUUGAAUUUGCUCCUGUCGCAGCUAUCAUAGGGGGAACCGUCGCACAAGAUGUCAUUAAUAUCUUGGGUAAAAGAUUGUCUCCUCUGAAUAAUUUCAUUGUGUUUGAUGGUGUUACUUUAGAUAUGCCUAUUUUUGAGUUUUGA